CUACUAGUUUUAGUUUGGCGACACUCAAAUAGUGAUAAAAACUCGUUGAACAAUUCUGAAAUAAUGUCUUCUUAUUUUGAUGAAAAAGGGUUGCCUGACCCAACAUUUCAGAAAAAAUCUACCUCAUCCAACAAUAACAAUUUAAAUCCAGACGUUUCCAAUUUUUUUGGUACAAGUAGUUCCGGUUCGUCAAAUAAUUUAGGUGAUGAAAACGCAUAUGAUACUUUAGAAGAAUACAUUAAUUUGGCAAAUCUUUUUGGUACACUAAGAGAUAGAUCAAAUAGUAGAGCUAAUGAUAGUAAUCAAGAAUUCUUAGAUAACUUGAUUUCACAAUUAUUGGAAGAAGCCAAUGCAAGUUCAAGGGGACCCCCACCAGCUAGCAAAAAAUUUAUUCAAAGUCUACCUAUCGUUAAGAAGUCGGAAAUCAAGCCCGAUGAUACGUGCCCAAUAUGUGCAGAAAAAUUUUUAUCAAAUACGACUCCAAAUAAUAUCGUAACUUGUAUGCCAUGUAAACAUAUGUUUGAUAAAGAAUGUAUUUUACCCUGGUUGAAACUUCAUAAUACAUGUCCAAGUUGCCGUCAUGAAGUGGAUUCCGAUGAUCCGGCUUGGAGAAAAAAGCAAUUGGAGUUACAAAGAGCUCAAGACUCUGAAGAAGAAGAUCAGGAUUGGAUGUACGGUUAA